AUGCCCAGGUUCCUUUCCAAAGCUGUUCCGCUGGUGCUGGGCUCCACGCUGCUCUUCAAGGCGCUGCAGCGGGGGCUGCGUCGCCUGCCCCUGCCCGCCCACGUGUGCCGGGACCCGACCCGCGCCUGGCGCUGGCGGAACCUGCUCGUCUCCUUCGUGCACUCGGUGGUGACGGGGCUGUGGGCCGUGCUGUGCGUCUGGCAGGUUCCUGAGAUGCUGAUGGACAUUGAAAACAUCUCGUCCACUUCGGGAUACCUGCUUCUCUGCUUCUCUGCAGGCUACUUCAUCCACGACACCCUCGACAUCAUUGUGAGCCACCAGUCCCGAGCCUCCUGGGAGUACCUGGUUCACCAUGCCAUGGCGAUCUCAGCGUUCUUCUCCGGGAUCUUCCUGGGCCGCUUCGUGGCAGCGGGGAUGCUGUCGCUCUUCGUGGAGGUGAGCAAUAUCUUCCUGACCAUCCGCAUGCUGCUGAAGCUGAGCAACAUGCCAGCUCCCACCCUCUACAGGAUCAACAAGUACGUCAACCUGGUGAUGUAUUUCCUCUUCCGCCUGGUGCCCCAGACCUACCUGACCUGGUACUUUGUGCGCUACGUGGAGGUGCGGGGUCAGGGAGCCUUCCUGAUAGUCAACCUCUUCCUGCUGGAUGCCAUGAUCCUGACGUACUUCUCCCGCCUGCUGCGCUCCGACUUCUUCCCAGACUCCUGCAGGCGGCGCGCCGGGAAGGACGCGGGCGGGGAGAAGUUCUUAGUGGACUGAGUGAAGGGGCGACGCCUGUGGGGUUGUGCAGGACCCCCCCCCCCCUGCAGUGGAGGGCUUGGACCUGGGGCGCUUUGCACCUCCUCAGCUCUGCACCACAUGUGCCUUACAGCUGAGCUCCACCGGCACAGGGCUCUGCAGUCACUUCACGAAGCCUGUGCUUUGUGGCGCGAUGGCCUGAGCUGCCCCCCGCUGCUCCCCCUGCGCUGCUCCCAGGGGCUGGGGUCCCAGCAGGCAAAGCAGGAGGGGAAGGAUGGAGCUGGUUGGGAAAGAGGGUUUAUCUUCCGUGUUGUGAUGGGAUGUUACAUGCAUUAAAUACGUGUCUGUUUCCAAGCUUCUGCAGCACAUCUGGGCCAUCCUUUCCCAGGGCAGAGCGUGCACUGGGCUGGGAAGGAAGCAGCUUGUUACAGACGCUGAGGGGGAGGAGCCAUCAAGGCAGGGACAGCAGUGGGCGCAAAGGCCAUGGAAAGCUAGGGCAGAGGGCUUUGAGGCAGGGGAGGUGGGAUACGCAGGUGCUUGGGGCAUGCAGGGUUCAAGUUCUGGGAGUAGCAACAGCCUCUCACUAACAGGAUGGUUGCGGGAGAGGGGCCUGUAGUAUCUGCUGUGGGGGCUGGGGACUUUUCUGCCCCUGGAACCGGGCUGCUGGCUUCUCAGUCUAUUCUAGCCAAUGCCCGGAGCAGGCUCUCCAAGGGAGCGUCUGGGCUCACCCAGUUCCCAUGGUGCAUGUUCACUCCUGCCCCUUGCUUUCCAGACCGUUACCCUGGUACACGUGCUUCCCCUCCUUCUGCAGGGCAGAUUCUAUUACUGGUAUUAGCAAAGGGCCUAGGAGCACCAGAUCCGGCCCAGGGCCCCACUGCGCGAGGUGCUGGAUAAAGAACAGACAGUGCCUGACCAUAAGAGCUGACAACAGUUGGGCUUUGUACUUGUUUUCUCCCCAUUUACUUUUACCUUCAGAUUUCCCCUCCUCCCCGCCUUGUUGGUGCUGUCAGUCACCACACUACCCCCCUACGCUGCCCUGCCCAAGCUCCUUCAGACGUCUACGUGGAGCUGACGUUCUGGCUCAGGUAGACAGACCCGCACUAGCUCCAAGGGAAGGUCCAGCACUGAAAAUAGUGUAGGGGCGGGUCCUAGCCAGCCCCUGUACAUAGGCAGGGUUUGUACUCAGAGCUGCUAGCCCAUCCCACUGCCUGGGCAGCCACAGCUCCUUGUAGCAUGCUAGCUGGAUCUGUCUGCCCACACCAGAGAUUACACCUGCAGCUCAAAUAAAUCUGUUAGUCUUUAAGGU